AAGAAAAAAGAAGAAAAUGGAGGUUGAGAACAAGUUCGUGACCAUAAAAGGCUACGUGGAUGGUCCACCAUCGGAGUCCGACUUCGAGGUCGCGUUCGCCGUUCGUGUAUUGAAGGCUGACCAAGGAUCGAACGAUGUCAUCGUGAAGAAUAUCUGCGUGUCUGUCGAUCCUUACCAAAUCAACCGCAUGAAGAACUACAGCUCUUCUCAAACGACGAGUAGCUUCGCCACCCGCCUCGUCCCUGGAGAGGGGAUUGAUGCCUAUGGGAUUGGUAGAGUUGUGGCGUCGGAUAAUUCGGAAUUCGCUGAAGGUGAUAUCGUCGUUGGGUUGCUGGGGUGGGAGGAGUACAGUGUUGUGAGAGGCGGAAACUGGUUAAGGAGGAUCAAUUCCACGGAAUUCCCAUUCUCAUACCAUGUAGGAAUCCUAGGGCUUAGUGGGCUUACAGCAUACAGCGGUUUCUACAACAUCUGUAAACCUAAAAAAGGAGAGAAAGUGUUUGUAUCUGCAGCUACGGGAUCGGUCGGCCACGUCGUUGGACAAUUGGCAAAGCUAUUCGGUUGCUAUGUAGUGGGCUGUGCUGGUAGCAAGCAAAAGGUUGAUGUCCUUAAAGAUAAGCUUGGUUUUGAUGAUGCUUUCAACUACAAGGAUGAGCCUGAUCUCAAAUCAGCACUCAAACGGUAUUUUCCGGAUGGAAUAGACAUAUAUUUCGACAAUGUUGGUGGAGAGAUGUUAGAAGCUGCAGUUGCCAACAUGAACACAUUUGGCAGAGUCGCCGUUUGCGGUGUAAUCUCCGAAUACAUUGAUGAUGGAAGGCGGGUUGCACCUGACAUGCUAGAUGUCGUCUACAAGCGGAUCACCAUUCAAGGAUUCUUAGCUUCUGAUCACAUGAAUGUCAUGGCUGAUUUCAUUUCCACCAUCUCUGAUCAUCUCCGAAAUGCCAAAAUCCAUGCGCUCGAAGACAUUUCACAGGGUCUUGAAAGUGCCCCUGCUGCAUUUCUAGGACUCUUUCGUGGUCACAACGUUGGAAAGAAGUUAGUUAGGAUAUCAGCUGAUUGAAAAUUGCAAUAAAGAACUCAAUUUGUUUUGUCUUUCUAAUCGUUUUCAUCCAUA